AUGACAGCAAGAUAGAAUACCGAAAUAUGGGACCAUUUACCCUCAUGUGUGUUCAUUCUCAGAAGGAGUGAUGUUGCUGUAUCUUCUCUUAAAUUUUCUAGCGUGCUAUACCUAAUCCUGGGUUAACUCUUGAAUGCUUGUUUGAGUAGCGUAUAGUAUUGCCUAUGUCAGUAUUUAUGGUUUUACAUUUUUGAUUAAUAGAAUUGCAGCAGGAUUAAUACAUACUUAGGUCAUAAAUAUGUAUGAUGAACAAAUAAUGUUGAAAAUUGCUUUUUCACAAGAAGAAGCGGUUGUGCUUUUACAACUUGGGAAAGGAGGCUAUUUGGUUUUUACUCUUGGUUUGUAAAAGACAGUGAGUACUAGAGGGUUGAGGGUGUUGUCCCCAGGACAAAUAAUAGUGCAGCGUUCCUACACAUUUUUUAACAUUUAAAAAAAAGUCUAAAAUGGCUAUGAUGGAAGUAGUGUGUAGGACGGUAGACAGACCACUUAGAGAUUUCACCUUCUACCUUAGCUAUAUCUUUGGUCAUUGGCCAUCUUUAAACUUUUAUUUCCGUAUCUUAUUUUUCCCUUUUCUUCCUUGUAGUAGUUCUUUCUGGGUUUCAUUUGGGGCAUUUAGUUUUGAAUCAAGUUCACGUGUUAGGGAGCCUAGCAUUAAUGAAUUUGGUACUGUGGUAAGUACCAUUGAGUUCCAUUAUACUUUGAUGAUUAUUCAUAUAUUAAAUCUUUUGAGUUGUUAACUGAGUAACGUGAUUGCUUGCAUCAUGUUAGAAUGCGCUUGUUACCAUAGCAAUUAAACAGUUUAAUGGAAUACAAGCAAUAUUUCCUGGUACUCCUAAAAUUUAGGAAGAGUUAUGAAACGAGAAUUGACUUUAGGCCAAUUGAAGUUUAGGAAAUUAGAGAAUCGUGAGCUAUGUAAACAUGAUAUGCUUGUAUUUCUUGGUAUUCUAAGCCUCAUCCCAAUUAGCUUUUCUGUAUCACUCAUUGAGGAAGCAUGAAAAAGUACUUUGAAUGCACCUACCACACUCGUAUCUGUAAAACUGCUAUCUGCAGCAGAUAGCAGGCCAUCUUGGGGAUUAUUUUUCUUCAGUUCUUAGAAAUAAUUAUUUCUGGAAAAUUUAAAUGGAUGCUACAACUAGGUGUAAUUCAUUACAGAAAAGCAAGGGACUGUGAACUAAAGCAAACAAAAAAUUUUUGUUUUAUUCUGCAUACUGAAUGCAAAAGAAAAAAAGAAAAAGAAAGAUUUCAAACCCAAUGACCCAUAGAUUUUUCAAAGGGAGAGUUCCACUUAGGUAUUAUGUUUGUUGCUUUAGGGUCAUUGGAAAAUAUUUUGAUGCUGGGAUACUGAUGAGGUUGACUUUCUUAGUAUAGAUACUCUUUGGAGUAUGACUUUACGUUUAAAAAUAUUUCAGUACUGGUAGCUGUAGGGUCUGGGACACAGCAACCACCUGGUUCAACCUCUGUUUAUAUGUAGCCGAGAGAGUUGAGGCAAAGGAUUAUCUUGAGUCUUUUCCUGCUGUGCCCUGGUAAGAUUUAUAGAAUUAAAUUACGUGGGUAAAUAUAGCCCUCUAGUGGUUCUGUUAUAUCCUUACACUUAACUUUGGUGCAGCUAGCAUUUCUUUAAAGUUACUGACUGAUUUUAAGAAAUUCACUGUGGAGAAGAAUCAGACUUCAAUAAUACUACAUGACAUAAAGAAUAUGGGGAAAAGGUGGUAGGGAUAUCUUAUUCUAACAAUAAAUGUUCAUGGUAGAUUGUAACCCACUUGGAAUUAUACCAAGAUAGUCCAGAAUAUUAGAAUUGCCAUGUACUUGACAAGAUGAAUGCAUGAAUCCAGAUACUUUGCUGGUAUAUGCUGUGAUUAUUAUUAUCAGAUAAUUAUUUGUGCAUAGCAAAGUGUAGGAUAAAUUGCCUGAGGUGGGUUGUGAAGUAGAUCAAGCUUUAUUCAUGCUAUGCAAUAUAAAUUAUAGCUAUUAAUAGGUUCGGCUUAGGUUUAUUGACCUGUAAUUUAUGAUAUGACUUUAGGGGAAAACAAGUUACAGAAUGAUUUUAUGUAUACAUAUCUCCUCGUUUUUGUUUAAAAGAAAAAAAAGUGGAGGAAAUCUCAAACCCUUAUAUGGAUAUAUGUUUGUAUAAGCAAAGAAAAUCAGAAAUGAUAUACACCAAACACUACCUUUAGGGGAGUGAGAUUUGGAAUGACAGAGGGAGAUUACGUCUUUCUCUCUUUUAAAGUUAUAGAAAACAGGGACUGAAAUGGAAAAACUUGAAAGGGUCAACAGAAAACAGAGACCUUAAUCUGAAUGGUUUAGAGGACUAAGGCUGGCUCUUAAUUUCAGAAUGGUUUUCCAGCAAAAAUCAGUUAAGUCAGCUCCACUGAUUUUCUGAGUUGGUUUAUUGUUUAAAUGGGGUGUGUAUACUUGAUAAUCUCCUUAGAUAUAAGACUGAUGCCCAAAUUGGCUAAACUCUGUGAUGCUUGGUAUUUCUCUUUAUUUUGCUAAUAAGCUUUUCCCAUGUUCUGGGAAAUAAAAUCCUUUCCUCUUUAGCCCAAUUAAAUUUGUUAAGGGAGGGCCUCUAUGAAAAGGACCUUCUUUGAGGUCUUUAAGUGGAAAUGAUUGGUUCUGAAAAUUUUUCCCUCAAGUGCCUCUGACAACAUUUCAUAAUUAUUGAAGGCUCAUUAUGAAGGCUGCCUCAGUAUCUUCCCUCCAAAAUGCUAAGGAAUAAUUUAGGCAACAGUUCAGACUCUAAAAAUGAAGAUGGCUCAGUCUUUUCACAGACUGAACACAAUAUUGUUGCAACUUACUUGAUUAUGGCAGGUAUAAUAAGUAUUCUCAGCAACAUAAUAGUUCUGGGCAUCUUCAUUAAGUACAAGGAACUUCGGACACCCACAAAUGCGAUUAUCAUUAACCUGGCUGUUACUGACAUAGGGGUCAGUAGCAUUGGCUAUCCUAUGUCUGCUGCUUCAGAUCUGUAUGGACGCUGGAAAUUUGGAUAUGCAGGAUGUCAGAUUUAUGCUGGAUUGAAUAUCUUCUUUGGGAUGGCAAGCAUUGGAUUGCUCACAGUCGUGGCCGUGGAUCGAUACUUGACCAUCUGCCAUCCGGACGCAGGAAGGAGAGUGACCACCAGCGCUUACACCAGCAUGAUCCUGGGGGCCUGGGUCAAUGGCCUCAUCUGGGCUUUAAUGCCAGUCACAGGGUGGGCUGGUUACGCCCCGGAUCCCACUGGGGCCACCUGCACCAUAAACUGGAGGAAAAAUGAUGCAUCUUUUGUUUCUUACACGAUGGCAGUUGUUGUGAUAAACUUCAUCGUGCCCUUGACGGUGAUGUUUUACUGCUAUUCCCACGUCACUCGGUCCAUGAAGCGUCACACUGCUGGUAACUGCACUCAGUCCCUCAGCAGAGAUUGGUCAGAUCAGGUGGAUGUAACAAAGAUGUCUGUGAUAAUGAUAUUUAUGUUUCUGGUGGCGUGGUCCCCUUAUUCUAUUGUGUGCUUGUGGGCCUCUUUCGGUGACCCAAAGAAGAUUCCUCCCUCAAUGGCCAUCAUAGCUCCACUGUUUGCAAAAUCUUCUACGUUCUACAAUCCCUGUAUUUAUGUAGUUGCAAAUAAAAAGUUUCGGAGGGCAAUGUUUGCCAUGUUCAAAUGUCAGGCUUACCAAGCAAUGCCUGUGACGAGUGCUUUACCAAUGGAUGCACCUCAAAACCCAUUGGCUUCUGGAAGAAUCUGAAAUAAGAGGAAAGCAUACAUUAUCAAAACAUUUUAUUUCCUUUUUUUUUGCAAUGGUUUAAUUUGGUUUUAAAUAUGAGCCCAUUUAGAUCAAAUACAGACAUAGAUUAUUGUCCUAUUAGAUUGUAAAUUCUUCAAAUGCAGCUUAGAGUUGGGUUUGUACAUGGCCCACUGUAGUGAAUGUCUAUUUCCUUAUGUGUAAACUUACUGCUCAUCUCCUUUGAUGAAUCCAGGCCCAUGACACUAAGGCCCCUUCUCUUCUUCCUCUGAUGGCAUGUGUUACACUGUAUCCAUGGUAACGAGGUAUCCAUGACCUGGUAACUAGCCUGGGUCCUCUGUUAGACUGGAGGUACUGCCAUUUUAAUGUUAGAAUAAAUUAAUGAUAAUAAUAAUAGUUAAUAAUCUUCAACAAAUAAUUACUGAAAUGAGUUGUUGUAUAGUCCCAGGUAGAAUGGAAGACAUUUUUAGCAUUUCACAAUUUUAAAAUUUUAAUGCAACUAUUAACUUCUACUAUUUAACAAAAAUAAUCAAAUGAACAUUAAACACUAUUGCAUCUAAAUCAUGUCAGUCAGUGCACAUAUAUAUUUUAUAUAGCAAUAUAAUCUCUCUUCAUAUUACUAUGUAUUUUGCAUUUUUAAUUACUAUCUUUUUGUAUAUGUAU